GAGAAUUCUGGCAGUGGGGUCAAUGCUUGAUUUUUACUCACCGACAUACCGGCAAUUGGCCCUCAGUUUGAAGCAAACCCAUGCGCACAACACAGAAUUCAUAAACCGCUAACCAAGUCCUUGGGUCAGCUGAUCUAAAAUUGGGCAGCAUAGUGCUGCAAUAAGUAGAACUGAUAGGUAAGCUUUACUGUUACAAACAGUACGUUGUUUUAAAGGAUGAGCAGCGUACAAAGAAGUCCUACUAUUAUGGAAAGGGUGUGGUGCAGUCACCAGGGGACGCCUUUGGAAGGGAACGAGGCCCAUGAAGAGCCCGGAAGGCGCCUGCUCCUUUUUCCUCGGCAGGAACGGCAGUUCCGUUUAUCGGCCAGCAAGUGGCGCCAGAUUUCGAUUAUUCACUCAGAGCCCGCGAGGAAGGCGAGCAUACACAGCCCAACACUUACACAAGCACACACAAAGCAGCUGGGCGAAACGGUAGCGGGGCUCUCGGUGUUUUCAUUCCGACCCAAAGCCAGGGGAAACGGCAGCACGCAAGAAGGCUGAACUGGUGGCAACGCAUCAACGACAGCGAAGCCCUCUGGCCGAAAAUGCGUAGGAUAUUGGCCGUAGUUGUUUGGUGUUUUCUGCAAGUGGAAGGCAGGCAUCCAGAAAUCAUCUCGGGAAGCAGCCAUAAUGGCAAUUUCUUGGACAAUGAUAAAUGGCUGAGCACUGUUUCCCAAUACGACAAAGAUAAAUACUGGAAUAAGUUUAGAGAUGACGAAGAAAUUUCCUUAUCCCAGCCCAGACAGAAGCACCGUACAGGACCUGAGGAUGAUUAUUUCAGAAACUGGAAUCCAAACAAGCCUUUUGAUCAAGAUCUCGCACAUGCGCGCCUGCGUUGCUUCACUGCAGUCCUCAGGAGUCAUCGGGACCGCGUUAAGUCACUUCUUUCCAUGAAUCCUGCUCUUGAUCCAUCCAAAGACCCGUGUUUGAAGGUAAAAUGCAGCCCACAUAAAGUGUGUGUCACUCAUGACUACGAGACAGCCACUUGUGUAAGUCGCAAACAGCUGGUACACAGCCUUCAGCAAAAGAAAGGAAACCUUCCUCAGAGACGCUGGAAUGGACCAGCUAAUUUAGUAAAAUGCAAGCCAUGCCCUCUGAUGCACGCCAACCCUGUUUGUGGCUCUGAUGGACAUACUUACACAACCAAGUGCAAGUUGGAGUUUCAUGCCUGUACAUCUGGCAAAAACAUUGCAGCUCGCUGUGAAGGGCCUUGCCCGUGCCUUCCAGGACACGAAAAUCCAAAACACAAGGCCCAGAAAACUGCAGCUUGCACAGACAAGGAGCUGAGGAACCUUGCAUCACGUCUAAAAGACUGGUUUGGUGCUCUUCAUGAAGAUGCAAAUCGUGUCAUCAAGCCAACCAGCUCGGCUUCAGCACAAGGCAGAUUUGACACCAGCAUAUUACCAAUCUGUAAGGAUUCGUUGGGCUGGAUGUUCAACAAACUGGAUAUGAACUAUGACCUUCUUCUUGACCACUCAGAGAUCAAUGCCAUUUAUCUUGAUAAGUAUGAGCCAUGCAUUAAACCACUUUUCAACUCCUGUGACUCCUUCAAAGAUGGGAAGCUUUCAAACAAUGAAUGGUGCUACUGCUUUCAGAAGCCUGGAGGUCUCCCUUGCCAGAAUGAGAUGAACAGAAUUCAAAAGCUGGGCAAGGGGAAGAGCCUGAUGGGAGCUUUCAUUCCACGGUGCAAUGAGGAAGGAUAUUACAAAGCAACUCAGUGUCAUGGAAGUACUGGGCAAUGUUGGUGUGUUGAUAAAUAUGGAAAUGAGAUAGCUGGCUCAAGGAAGCAAGGGACUGUUAGCUGUGAAGAGGAGCAAGAAACCUCAGGGGAUUUUGGUAGUGGUGGAUCAGUGAUAUUAUUGGAUGAUCUGGAAGAGGAACAUGAAACAGCAAAAAAGGACAAAGAAGGAAAACAGAAGAUCCAUGUAAGAGCAGCUAAUGAUGAUGAUGAAGAUGAAGAUGAUGAUAAGGAGGAAGAAAUUGGCUAUAUAUGGUAGUUCCCAUAUCUCUGAGGACUCAUGUUUUGCACAAUAUCACAAGUCAUUUUGUAUCUCUGCAAUGGUAACUGAAACAUCAGGCAUCAUAUAUGGAGCUUAAUCUAAAGCUCUAUGGGCAUUCCAGAAUGCUCACAGAUGUCCCUUAUAAUUGAACUUCCCUUUCACUUUAUUGCUGGGCAUAAUUCCACAAGCACAAUGGAGAUGAGCAUGCAAAGCUGAACCUGACAUUGAAGUGAACUGGGAAGACAUUUCAUAUGUGGGAGCUCCUUGCACACGUGGGAUGACUUUGCACACACAUGUGCAUUGGAGCUCCUGUGACCAGCAAACUGCAGGAUGGCAACAAUUAUCCUUCCACUCAAUUUAAUUUUGUAUACUGUGUUUUAUUUGGAAGGCAGCUUUGACACUCAACUAGCUUUUAUUUGGAAUGACUGUGAGUAGUGUUCUCUUUUACUGGCAUGGUGACUUCCAUAAUUUAAUCUGCUCACAUAGUACAAAAUUUGUUUUUGUUUUUUAUGGAAUACAGAACAUAGCAAGGGGUCAGCACAUUCAAGCACGAGGUUCCUUUCAUGUUAUCAGUACUGAAGUUUUCAAUUACCUAUCUUUUUAUUGUGCCAUUUGUUAUUAAUACUGUGCUUUGCUACUUUAAUAUCUUGCCAUUAGGAACUUCUUUGAAAAGAUCAAAUCACCUUAGCAUUCUGGUUUGGUUACUUCUUGGCUUUUAAAUCAGAAAGAAUCCCAUUUUAGCUCCUCCUCACUUCCUUUGACAAUGGUUGGCAAAGACAUGGUCUAAUUUCAGUAGAACUCAAUGAAAAUUCUCCCCUUUGAGUAGUGCAGCAUAAGAUCUCAGAUUACCAUUUCUGCCAUUAAUAAAUAUUAGUUAAAUUUAAGUUAAGCAUGGUUUUGAUUUUGUGAAAUCUUGAUGUCUGGUAUAUUAUAUGCACACUCACACACAACUUUUAGCAAGGGGAACAGGACUUGAAUGGCCUUCUAAAAGAUGUGAGAAAGGAAUGCUUUGCAAAUGCAUUUCUUUACAAUCAUUUUUGCAGGCUCACAAGCCUUGGAUUUUGCUUUGAUCAAGUUUGCACUAAUGCUAUGCAAGCUGCCUCUGCUUCCUUGAUAAUAUACCACUAGUUUUUGCUGAGCAUGCUUUUUCUUCAUUUACUCUAAAUGAAUCCUCAUUUGGAAGUGCUGAAGCUGUCAGGGGCACUAACCAUCAAAAGUAAUAAGCUGUCUUUCCUUUAUUUUAAAUUGUUAAUAUUUAUUUGCUCUAUUUUUAAAAAAAUAAAACAACUUUAGGCAUUUGGGUCUAUAGUUAAUAUCACUUCUGGUUAAUGCAUCAUAUGAUGCUUACUGUUAUGAACCAGAAGAAUGUGAUUAAAAUGAUUCCAUAAGCCUCUACAUAGCAGCAUCUCAUUGCUCCCCAUUGGCAUUCAGUGUGGGAAAUUGAGUGUGCCAUUGCAGACCUUUUAUUAUGCUUGUUUUACACACAACGACAAACCAUGAUGGAGCAUGUAUGAUGAACUGGGAGAAAAAAUGCAUUUGUAAUAAUCACCAUUGUUUUCUUCAUUAAAUGAAAGUGAAUAACUGCCAGAUAGGUCUUAAAUUCUGCAAACACUAAGGGCCAUACCCACUUUUGUUGAUCAGGGCAAUUAUAGUGCUGUUAUACCAGAAAUAAGCAUGGCCUGUACACUUUAAAGAAAGCUUAUAUUUCUGUGAGAAAGUGCUAAUUUUUUAGUGUGAAUUUCUAUAGUUUUCAGGUGGCUGCGCAAAGGCAUCUACCCUCAGACUGUUGUUUGCUGUGUGUGAUACUUUGUUUAUGCAUUUUACUUCUGGUGUGGUAAGGUCUGGGGUUGCUAUUUUUUAACUAUGUGUUUUAACACAAGGUCUGGUUUGUUAAUGAACCCUUCAAAUUGUAAUGCUAAAUGUCAUGCUGUUAAGAUUGCAUUUUGCCUAUUUCUGUUUUGUUUUAAUAUUCCCAGGGAGAGCAGCCUAAAUUAACUGGCCAUGUGAAAUUUUAAUAACAUCCAGCUGAGAAGUAGCUUCCCACAUACAGCCUUAGCCUGAAAUCCUGGGCACAAUGGAUUCCAGUAAUUAAAUGGACAAAUUGUCCUCUGACUUGUAAAGAUGCCAGUGCUAGGCUACAAACUUCAAAUGUAUAUCAUGCACACUUAAAAACUGUAUAGCUCCACUGAAGUAAAUCCAUAUUAUUGCUUGGGCCUUUUUGUCUUCUUUAGCCAGAGCAAUGCAAACCAUGGCUUGUGCUGUUACACUUAUAGUGGGAUUCAAUGCCUGGUAAAUGAAGCCAUUAAGGCUCUGCCAGUUGAUCUCUACCCCAACUCAAGGAAUGGACAGUGCAGGUUAGUACCUCUGUCAUAAUAGGCUGUCACACAAGGGGGGGCUGUGGAUGCUCUGCCUCUUCCCCAACCUUGUCCCUCUCCCAGUAAAGCCAUGCAACUAUCUUUAACAGGCCAGCUGCAACAUACAGGAAUACCCCACUAUACGGACCUUCACUUUACGGACACUCGCGAGUACGGACAUAUUUACAGUAGCACCAUUCCCGUUUACGUACGCUCGCUUCACAAGAAUGGAGACUUAACGGCAUGACGCCACCGCCCGAUCAGUUUCCAACUACAAACUUUUUCUUAAAAUAAGGCCUACUGUGUUUAUUUUAGUUAUAAAUGCGUUGUUUACAUCAGUUAUGCCCGUAUAUGAUGAUUGCAGUGUAGUAUAUGCAUCGAUAAGUAAAAAAAGGUAGUGCUUCACUUUAAGUACAUUUUCGGUUUACGUACUCGCUCUGGACCCAUUGCGUACGUUAAUGCGGGGUAUUCCUGUAUUAAAGGUAAGGGGCAGCUGAUGGUGUAGCAAGAUUGUUGGCUUAAUCAGCUAUGGUGGCUAGGUUGUAUCACAGCACCAGUGCAAGGGUCCCAGUUAUAUCUUCACAUCACCUUACUGCUCCCCAUUCCUAUGAGAUGCUAUGCUCACAAAGCACCUCAGAGAAUCAGGCUAUGGGAUUGCUAUAAAAAAAUUGUGAAAAAGUUUGGGGGAGAAAUUAAAAAAAAACUUGAAAAAAAGUUACUUGAAAUUAAUGGCCUUUUCUUCCAUACAAAAAUUACGUUAACUGGUAAAUGUUUUAAGUGUAAGAAUUUUGUGGACUGCACCAUCAAGCUGUAUUUGGGCUGUAGAUGGACAGGUAUAGAAUAAAAUAAUGUCCAAUUAGAAGCUACAACAUAGCUGUCAGUUUCACCACACUACUUACCUACUUAAUUUAAUAAAAUAUGUAAAAGUCAAGUUCACUAUGGUUGCAGAGAAGUGAUAUAUUUUAUAUACAUAUGAUAAAAGUUUUUGUUUAGGAUUUGUUUACUCACACGCUCUCUCACACAUAGCAGUGUAAAAGCAGCUGUUUUCUGGUGCAAUUCAUAACUAUUGAUAUGUGUGCAUGAAUAUUUAAACCAUAUGGGUGAGGCCAGGCAUGUGGGUCUUUCACACUUAAUCAGCAUUCUUCAUCUCCACUUCAUAGUCAAUUCCUGUUGUAAUCUAUUAACCAGUCUUAAAUUAGCCAUAGCCAUGCCUAACCUCUUCCACUGAUUUCAAGAGGAUGCAGUAGACUUAAUUUAACUUCUGGAUCAGGACCACUAUAUUUAUGUGAGUAAAAAAUUGCAGAUUCAAUCUUAACAUCAUCUGUGUCAUUACGCACACAGACAAAAAACAGAAUCCCCUUGUCUUCUAAUUUUUGUUUCUUCAGCAUUAAUGCUCUGCCUAAGUGCUGAUCCCACUGUAAUAUAGUGCUUGUUUUUAUAUAGGAUUUGUGUAUAUUAAAAUUCAUCAACACAUAUUCUAUUGUAAUUUUUAAAGAAUUGUUUCGAACUCUUUCCCAGCAACCUUUUUCCCAAACCCAUGAUAAUAUAGAGAGAUGUGAAUGCUACAGGAAGGCAUUAUUUCAUACAUGCCAGUGUAGAAUUAAUAAAAGUGAAAAUUGGUAACAUCCUUAGUUUCAAGAAUUGUCAUAUCAAUUACUACUACAAAAUAGGCUCUUAAAGAUGCAUCCUGGUUCUAACGCAUCUUGACUGCAGACUAUAAUAAUUUUUUCUGAUUUUUUGAUUUUGAUUUCCUGUCUCAAAUGCUGUCUGGACAGAAAAAUUUUAAAAUCAGAAAAGGGCAAGGUACAAAAAUACCAAUAUUACCAUAAUUUCGGUUGGAAAACUUGAUGAAGCAGCAGCAACAAUAAUUGGAGACAUUCCUGCAAUUUUGGUAGACCCUCAGCAGCAUUUAAAGAAAAGUUGAAUCCUUUGCAGUAAAACUCUUUACAGAACAUUAGAACUAAUAAAGCAGAAUGAAGUUGCGUUUUCAGAGGCACUGACAAGGUGCAUUGCAAUCUCCUUUCAUGAUCAGGCAGCUUCAUCUCCUGUUGAACCAUUUGCUCCCCAUUGGACAUGUAAGCACCAGGAACUAGGAAAAAAUGACAAAGCUAUAUGAAAUUUGGCUAAGCAAGUCUUACAAGCUUUUGUUACUCUCUUUUGUGCAGAAAUAGUACAAUCCAAAGCCAUGGUAGAUUCUCUAUCAAGCCGCAGCAUAAUUGCUGCAAUUUAUUUCUCAUUACAUUUUCUGGGACAAAAAUAAUAAAUGUACCUACAAUAACGUUGGACUAAGACAGUAAUAGGUCUCUUGGCCUUGCUUCUGUGAAAAUUACUUUGUUUAUAACUUGUAGUGGGUUUAACCUCUACCAGAUAAAAUAUGUUAGCAAGAACAUAAAAUGGGGGUUAUUUUAUAUAAUGGUAUAUAUAAUUUUGAUACAGUGGUAUGAAUCAGCAGCACAUGCAGAGAGGUUACUAUCAAAAGCAAUCUGGAUGUGUUCAAGACCAAGCCUUAUUGUCUCUGAAAGUGCAGUUUUCCAUCCUUAUUUCAUGUAAAUAAUCUUUUUAAAAGACCAAAAAGCUAUACAAACAAUGAUUCUCUACUUAUUGGUAGUGUGACUCCCAUACACUACAAAGACUGAAAGUGUUUUCAUACCAGCUGACUUUAUCCUUUGAGCUUUAGACAUAUAGUAUAUCUCACAUACCUAUGCUAUGAUUUAGUAAAGGUGAUCCAUGCAUAGAAUCAGGCUUCCAUGUUUUUGGAUGUCACUGCAUGCCCACAAAAUGGUGCUGCAUGAGAAAGCAACCCCCAGCAUCCAACUCUAAAUCUUCAAGACAUGGGAAACACAGGGGUAGCUAAUGAAAUGCCCUCCAGCUGUUGCUGGACUCCAACUCUCAUCAGCUAGCAUGGCCAAUGGUAGGAUAAUGGGAGUUCCAUCCAGAAUAAAUCUUUCUCAGACUCAUCAGAAUCACUAUUUUCCUCAUAACAAAAGCAGUAAAAUUAAAUGACUAUGCACAUUUAUGAAGGGCUAUGCUCUCUUAUCCAAACAUUAAUAAUAACAAUGUUGCUUCAAGAUGUGCCUGAUGUUUAUCUGAACAGAAGACAAGGCACAGCAUAACUAUUUGAGCACAGAGGCUGACGAAAUACUUCUCAAUAUAUGUAUUAGUCACUGUGUAAAAAUAAUGGAGGGUUCUAGUAUAAAUAAAAGUAAAAAAGGUUCCAAACAAUCACAAGGACCUUGACACAAGAUUUUUGUUGUGUGUGUCUUUUUUUUCUACCAACCAACUCCAGCCCCUGGAAUCCCUCCCCAGUUCAUUAGGUUGGUCUGCUGAACCAAAUAUAAAUGUUAAAAGUGCAAACGUGGCUGUCUAAAAUUAUUUGGCAACAUGAGUUAUAGGUGCAGCAACUCCAGGCCUCUCAUAUCACUUCCACCUGGUGCUUGGACCAUGGAAUACAUUUAAUGGCUCAUCCUCGCUACUUCUGGUGGCACAUACAUUUCCACUGCCAAAGUUUUCAUUCCAAAAUUUCAACAAUGUAAAGUGUGACUUCACAGAGUUAACUUUUCCCCCAAGUGAGAACUGUCAUAACAAGAAACCAAAUGUGACAUAAUUUAACAUGUUAUUUAUCGAAGCAGAAAUUUACUUUUAUCUAAAUUAGUGACAUUCAGUAUGUGCAUUUAAUUACAGAAUAUGGCUAUUUAUUAUAUAUUGUUGCAUGGUAUUUACCUUGAUGUGAAUAGCCUGUGGAAAGCUCUCAGCCUAACUUAAGUGAACAAACUCUAAAGUGCUUAUUCAAGAAGUCUCCUAAAAUCAAAGCCAAGUAAAUGGUUGCAUAUUUUUAUAUAAUAAUAAUAAUAAAAUUUUAUUUGUUAGUCGUUUUUUAUCGUUAGUCGUUAGUUGAUUUUUACACAUCAAAAACAUAAUUUGGAACACCAUCAUUAUUUAACUUAGGAUGGAUGCUUUUGCCCAGUUUUAUACACUAAAAAUAAAAAUGUUUUUUUCCAGUCAGUUGCCAUGCAAUAAACUUACCUUGUGAAUGGCUGAACAAAGCAUCCCGCCUUUGUAUACAUUAAUUACAAUGGGUGAAAUCCAAUGUUGUGGGAGCAGACUUCUGCUCUGGAGCAGAUUUUGGGGGGCAUACAAGGGGAGAAGCAGAAAUAGAAAUCCCAUUGCGCAAAUGAAGGUCUGUUGGAUUCAACCCAGCAUCUUUUUAAGGAUUUCUAAAAGGACUUGUUGAGUACUCAUUUGCACACACGCUGAAUCAAUUCAUCACAACACACUGAAAAAGGAAAGUUCUGGUGACCUGAACUUGUAAAGAAAAAUAAGGUUAGAAUCACCCUUAUUUAAACAAAAGUAAUUUAAAUAAUAAUUUAACUGUGGAAUCUCAAAAGGGAGGAGACUGAACACAAUUGAAUUGCUGUUGUGCUUCUUUGUCUUUUUUCAAAAACACCACUUAACAUGUUCCCAAUAAAGUACACCAACUCUAGGUCUGGCAUAAUUUUUCCCCAGGUUUGGGGGCAUGUCAGGUUACUUGGAAAGCUAUGGAUCCUUCAGAUCAUGCCUUCCCUUAAUUCGUCCCCAGCACACACACCCCAGUCCUCUCUUGAUAUGCCUCCUUUUCAGCCCUGCUCAUGUCAGAGCUCCAACUUAAGUUGGGCAAGUGCCAUGGAAGCUUCACUCUCAGAGUGUUUUAAUAGUGCUUUCUUUGCUGAGAGGAGACAGAAACCUGCUUGCUAUCAAAAACAUCCAGUGAUUAAAAAUGCCACCUGCCAUGUCCAUGGGCCCUGGAACUGGAAUCAUGCUGGCUGCCAUUGCCAAAGUAUCUUCUGCCACCAGUGUGCUUGUUGCCUUUGCAAGCAGUGGUGCUUGAGCCCUCCUUUUCUUCAGAAAAGUAGAUUCAUGUCUGAUGCCAUGUUUCAAUAGUGCUUUCUUUGCUGAGAGAACACAGAAACCUGCUUGCUAUAACUAAAGCUUUAUUCAGAGAAUGCUUACAAGAUCUACCGUGCUUGCUCGGGCUCCUCCCACCUGACCUUUACACUAGCCUCCAGAUCUCCAUGACAGUCUCCCUGCAGUUCCCUCUGCCGGAUGAAACUGCUACCUAUUAUAACACAGAGAAGAACUGAUGCUUCCCAGGGACCAUGGGAUUGUAGAGUUAAUAUUAUAUAUAUAUUCACCAUGAUUAUGCCUGGUGCUUUACUGGAAAUGUUUACGCAAUGAAAAGUCUGAUUUGAAAGCAAAUCUUGAUAAUUCAAUGGAAUUAUUUUAUAAACCGAUAAACUAUAAUAUGAGAUUUGGUUAUCAGGAUCAUUGUUAAAUUGUUGGGCAAAACAGUUAAUGCAAGUUAUCAUUAAAUUCAUAUUUCAGAGCUCUUUUUAUUACUUCCCCCCAUCCCAACUCCACUCAUUCCAGGGCAUGCCUCAAGAAAGAAGCUAUUCCAAUUCAUUAAAAUAUUUUAAAAAAUAAGGCCUUUAAUGCAGUACACAGUAGAGCCACUGGCUCUUAUAAGCCACAGCGGAAUUACGUAUUCUACUUCACCCAUAUGACAAUCUAAAGCUUUUAAGUUGCCUCUAGCUUGACUAAAUGUCUGAGUCUGUUGGAAGCUAAAAUAUUCAAUUUUUCUUCAAAUCACUGAAAGUUGCGGGAAAUGGAAAGCAAAAAGUCUCCAACACUAAAAAGAACCAGGCUGGUCCUCAAGCCAAUUAUUCCCUCCAUUUAAACCACUUUCAAGUACAUAAGCGUUGAAUGAUUUUAUCACUUUUACCAAAAGAAGAACAAGAAGCCUCAAUGUGUUCUUUUUAAAGAUCACUUCCAUAAAGGACAUUUGUUUACUUCUAGCCUCCAUUGUGCUUUGGAUUCUUACCUACCCAAUUUAAAACUACACUGUGUCCACAGUCCAGCACAGAAUUAACUGUGAUAAGCCCACUGAUUUCAAUGGUGUUAAAAUAUAGCUAAGGGGCAAACCUAUGCAUACUAGAAUAAGUCCCAUUGAUUUAGUGGAACUUUCAAGUAAAUAUAUGUAGGCCCAAACUGCAUCUCUGUGCUGAAUUGUUACUUACAAGUUUAUUUUAAUAUUGUAAUAUUUAGACAAUUAGUAUUUUACAUGUUAGCAGGCAUAUAUGAAAUAACAAUUUGCUAGUAGGUGAUCUUUUUUAUUAUCUACCAUUUCUUAUGGGGAUACUUUAAUAUUAGAAAUUACGUUCUUCUCUAGGCAGCAAAUGCCAUGGUGCAUGAGCCAGCUGAAGUUAAACACUGAUUAAGUCACACUAACAUAGUUCAUGGCAAAGUUAUGCAUAUGCUUAGUUUUCUUCCACUGAAAUCAAUGGGAGUUCAUUAACUUUGGCUGCAUUGUGCCCACUGAAUCUAGGGUCAUUAUUUGUAAGUCUGCCAGAAAUCCCAGUAUUUCACUUUUUUCCCAUAUAAAUUUGAUGGCUUUUAUUGCAGUCUCUUUUUUCUGCCAUUCAGUUUUCUGUUAAUGCAUAGACUGCUUUGUACAGUUAAUACACUUCGAAGAGCCCUUUCUACAGUAGGUGGUACUUGGUCUUUUUAUACUUUUCUCAAUGCUGCUGAUGUCCAUUACUGUUUUAUGUGUUGCAUUGUAAGGAGAGAUCCAAAUAUUAAGUGUUUAAGUUUUAUGUCUCUACUGUAGAUGGAAUGUACAAUAUCAUAGUUAAUUAGAAUAGCAUAGUAAAUUAUGAAUGCUUUUUUCCCAUGACUUAAAUGGAAUGUGAACAUUUUGCUGAGUUCCUUGGUUAAUUGUAAAUGCUGAAUUGUAGUACUAAGUAGUUGCAUUUUUUGUCUAUCUUAAUAAAUUUUAAUUUGCGAGUC